CCUCUCCGACUUAUAUAUGUCCCUGGCAGUGCCCAGGCACAAGGGACACAGGCUCGCUGCUGGGCCCCUGCAGAUCCCUGUGGAUGGACAGGCCGAGGCACCAGGGCAUGGUGAAGAACACGUACAUGCGCUGGCGGCUCCCGCUCGUCUGCCUCCUCUGGGAGGUGGCCAUGAUUGUCCUCUUUGGGGUCUUUGUGCGCUUCGGCCCCGAAGCUGAUGCACACUGGGAGGAAGAGAAGCGAGAGCUGAACCUGACCAGUGACAUGGAGAAUGAUUUCUACUUCCGAUACCCAUCUUUCCAGGAUGUCCAUGUGAUGAUCUUUGUGGGCUUUGGCUUUCUCAUGACGUUCCUCAAGCGUUAUGGAUUCGGAGCUGUGGGUUUCAAUUUCCUCCUUGCUGCCUUUGGGAUCCAGUGGGCUCUCCUGAUGCAAGGAUGGUUCCACUCUUUCAAGAAUGGAAAGAUCCUCAUUGGAGUGGAGAACCUGAUCAAUGCUGAUUUCUGCGUGGGCUCUGUGUGCAUUGCCUUUGGGGCCAUCCUGGGCAAAACCAGCCCCAUACAACUCCUCGUCAUGACUUUGUUUCAAGUCACACUCUUUUCAGUGAAUGAGUACAUCCUCCUCAACCUGCUCCAUGUAAAGGACGCAGGUGGCUCCAUGACCAUUCACACCUUCGGAGCUUACUUUGGCCUCACAGUGACACGUAUCCUGUACAGACCCAACCUGGAGCAGAGUAAGGACAAGCAGGGCUCCGUGUACCACUCCGACCUCUUUGCUAUGAUCGGUACCCUGUACCUAUGGAUGUACUGGCCCAGUUUUAACUCAGCCAUUUCUGAGCACGGGGAUGCUCAGCACCGCUCGGCCAUUAACACAUACUGCUCACUGGCUGCCUGUGUCCUCACCACCAUGGCCUUCUCCAGCAUGCUGCAGAAGAAGGGCAAGCUUGACAUGGUUCACAUCCAGAACGCCACGCUGGCGGGCGGCGUGGCCGUGGGCACCAGCGCGGAGAUGAUGCUGACUCCAUACGGCUCCCUCAUUGUUGGGUCCAUCUCUGGCAUCGUGUCCACAGUGGGGUAUGUCUACUUCACGCCUUUUUUGGAGUCUAGGUUGCACAUUCAGGACACAUGUGGCAUCCACAACCUCCACGCCAUGCCAGGCCUUAUUGGUGGCAUUGUGGGGGCCAUCACAGCAGCUGCAGCUACAGAGGAUGUAUAUGGAAAGGAAGGGUUCAUCAAGGCGUUUGACUUCACUGGCGUGUACCAGACGAGGACACCCAGUGUCCAAGGAGGGUUCCAGGCGGCCGGGAUUGUGGUGUCUCUGCUGAUGGCGUUUGUCGGGGGGGCCAUUGUGGGGGGCAUCCUGAAGCUGCCCAUCUGGGGGGACGCCGCCGCCGAGAACUGCUUCGAGGACGAGGUUUACUGGGAGGUGCCGGAGGACGAGGAGAGCGACGUGUACCACAUGCACAACCCCGACAAACCCACGUCGCCCUGAGCCGCCCCCGCCCCGCCCCGCUCCUUCCCCGCCGCAGGACCGCGGGCUCCGCUCCGGGGCCGAAGGCUCGUUUACUCCCCGUGACGACGAGGGCUCUGCCCUACUCUCCUGCUUUUGUAGCGCGCUGUUGUGGAUAAAAUAAAGACGUGUUCUUCUUUCCA